AUGACGAGCGAUUCAGAACAAACCUCAAAUUCUUUCAAAAAACGAGGUUUGAAUUUCACUGGAUCAUCAAAAAGUCAAAACAAAGGAAAGAAUGUUGAUUCAACUAAUCGUUCAAGGUCUAAAAAAUCAAGAAUUCACCUUGAAUAUGAGCCGGUUGUUACUGAUAUCUUUCAAGAAGAAGCCAUAAGAGAAGUAGCCCCUUCCAAAGGUCUGGUCAAACAAACGGUGACGCCCGGCGAAAAGUUACUACUUGGGCAUAAAGUACGCCACCAAGUAGCUGUUCCUCCAAACUACCUUUAUGUUCCAAUUUCCAAACAUGUACCGCCAAAAGAGCCGGCGUGGACUUAUCCUUUUAAAUUGGAUCCUUUUCAAGAACACGCCAUAUCUUGUAUAGAAAGAUCCGAAUCUGUAUUGGUGAGCGCGCACACUUCUGCUGGUAAAACGGUCGUAGCUGAAUAUGCCAUCGCUCAAAGUUUAAAAAACAAGCAAAGGGUCAUUUAUACUAGUCCGAUCAAGGCGUUAAGUAACCAGAAAUAUCGAGAAUUACAACAUGAAUUCAAGGACGUUGGUUUAAUGACCGGGGAUGUCACUCUUAGCCCAAAUGCAAGUUGCAUCGUUAUGACAACUGAAAUUCUUCGUAGUAUGUUAUAUAGAGGCAAUGAAAUAUUACGUGAAGUAGCUUGGGUUAUAUUCGAUGAAAUUCAUUACAUGAGAGAUAAAACUCGAGGUGUUGUUUGGGAAGAAACAAUCAUAAUGUUGCCUCAUAACGUCCACUUUGUUUUUUUAUCUGCCACAAUUCCAAAUGCUAUGGAGUUUGCUGAAUGGAUAUGUAAGCUUCACGAACAGCCUUGUCACGUUGUUUAUACCGAUUUUCGUCCAACUCCACUACAACAUUAUAUGUAUCCUGAUGGGGGGAAUGGAAUUUAUAUGGUACUUGAUGAAAAGGGUUUAUUUAAUGAAGAACAUUUCCAGGAGGUUCUUUCGCAUUUACCGGACGUUCUAAAUGGCGAGGAAAAUCCCAGCAAAAGAAAGAUUACGGACACGCCUAAUGUUUAUAAGAUUAUUAAAACGUGUAUGCAAAAAGGGUUUAACCCGGUAAUUGCUUUCGCUUUUGAUGAUGAAAAAGAAUUGGUAAAAAAAGUCUUCGAGAAUGCAGUUGAUUUACUACCAGAAGAAGAUCGUCAUCUAUCAUCAUUUCAUAACAUGCUCCCUUUAUUAGAACGCGGUAUAGGGGUACAUCAUUCUGGGUUAUUGCCUUUUAUGAAGGAAGUAGUGGAGCUUUUAUUUCAAGAAGGGCUAUUAAAAGUUCUUUUUGCCACAGAAACAUUUGCCAUGGGAUUAAAUAUGCCGGCAAGGACCGUAGUUUUUUGUGAAUUAACAAAAUUUGAUGGAAUCAAAAGAAGAACGGUUUGCUAG